AUGUUUUUCUGUGUGAUUCUUGUGUUGCUGUCCUGCACUGAGGCUGAAGGGCUCCAACAUGUGUUUCUCCUCCGUGGAAAGGACUUACACCUGGAUAUAAAGAAAUCUGUUGUCCUAGACAAAAAAAAUGAUUUGAUCUGGAAAUUUAAUGAAACUAACAAUGUAGCUAAAUGUGGUUUUAAUAACGAUCCAGUCGUGUUUGACAAAUAUGAAGGAAGGGCUGAGCUCUUUGGACAAAAUUACUCUUUGGUAUUAAAGAAUGUGCAACACAGUGACAGUGGAUAUUAUACUGCAGUUGUGUCUGGGGGACGAGACUACAUGGUAGCUGAAUACAAGGCCAUAAUCCAAGAUCCAGUGUCUCCAGUUAACCUGGCAGUGGACUCUGUGUCCAGCAGCUCAGACUGCUGUAACCUCAUUGUGACCUGCAGCACAGUGGAUUCUCAAAUCAGCAGCAUUUUCACAUGUGAUGCCCAAAACUGCUCUCUGGUAGAAAAAGGAAGCUUUAAAGCCAAAACCUAUACUUCCAAUCUCGUUGUCUAUUUGCAGCAAAGCUUCAUCAUCUGUAAUCACAGCAACCAAGUGAGCUUCGAACAGACUAAGAAGGACAUUAAACUUUAUUGCAAGGAAAAACCAGGUAUCUCCAUCUGUGUGGUGAAGACAGUCGUGUUCUCUGUUGGUCUGAUCAUCAUGGUGAUUGCUGUCAUCAGUGUCCACAUUAUGGAGAAGAUUAAGAAGCGAAAAUAAAGAAGAGGCUUUCCACUUACACACAUAACUUAUA